CUACCGGCUAAUUUACGGGUAAAAUGAGAGUGGUACCCUGGCAAGAAAGCAGAUAUAAAUAACGAGCUAUUCCUUUAAACUGCUCUCGCUUGAGUCCAGCCCCGCCUCAUAUCUCAAAAAGUGUGUGUAGCAGACUGUUUACAUCCACCCAGUCCCGCUGCAAAGGUCGUUUUAGACGUUUCCCAGGAACACGUAAACGCACCAGGACUAGUUUUGCUUUCGGGACUUCUGUGAACUGAGCAACUUGUGAGAAGACGAACAGAAGACGUAACUGCAGCGACCUGUGCGUGUCAGCAGAACCGGUUUUACUUUUUUUAAUCAGUGGGAGAGUUGAAGGUUGGCACGCUGGUGAAAUCAACAUGUGGCUCUUCAUUGUGUGCGUCUUCAUGGCGUGGCCAGGAAAAGCAGUGAGUUCUUCCUGUUCGGUUGAGCUGAACCCUCCCAAAGCUGUGGUGAGAUUUGGAGGCCCCUUUUUCGCCAACUGCAGCUCAACAUCCGACCAUAUAGAAGGAAUGGGCUGGGAGUCUUCAAACGAAGGUGUACCUAAUACAGCUGGGGUCUCUUCCCUUGUCUUAAACGUUACAUCUGUUACAGACUGGCAGUUUAACCCACAAUGCUUCGUCAAUGUCGCUACGGAUCAGUGCUUCAAAUACCUGCCAGUCACCCUUUACAAAAUGCCGGACACUGUGUCUAUCUCUGAUCUGAGUAAACUUGUACCCUUGACAGAGGGCAGAAAGUAUCUCAUAGAGUGUGACAUUUCUAAUGUUGCACCAAUAAAAAACCUUUCUGUGACCUGGUUCAAGGGAAAAGAUAUUAUCGAUACACAGACAUAUAAAUCAGGCGACCCGAGUGCAUCCACUCCAAUGAAUAAAACGUCUGUCUUCGAGCUGAAGGCCAGCAGUGAUUAUGAUGGGACUCAGAUCUGGUGUGAGGCAGAGCUGAACUUUGGGUCGGCAGCUUCAAAUCCUCCUCCUGCCCGAUCAAAGGCACAAGAACUGACUGUACGGUACCGUCCAGUCUUCAUCAGGCAACAUGAGACUGUGGAACUUACAGCUGGUAGCAGAUUUACUUUAAACUGCACUGCUAAAGCAAACCCAAAGCCGACAUACCGCUGGUACGUCCCAGACUCUGUACAAAAGGCGAACGAGGAUCAGAGCAUGAAUCAACCAGUUCUGAGCCCUAGUCUCCAGGUUCCAGGGUCCUAUAACUGCACUGCAACAAAUAAACUCGGCACCACGACCAAAUCUUUCACUGUCAUCGAAGUUAAAAGGGAUCGAACCAUCUUUGCAGCCUUGCUCGGAGUGUUUUUGGUCGUUGCAGCCGUGCUCUUCAUUGCCGGAUUUUUUCUCGUGAAACCUGAUGGCUCCUUUUCAUGCAGCAAAGGCAGCUAUCAGAGAGGAGUGGCUACCUCAUCAGGACCUGUAUGAGCCUGACUUUAAUACAUUUUUGCAUGCCUUGACAAUGGAAAUGUUUUUUUUUUGUUUUUUUUGUUAUUUGUGCUUGGGGAGACGUAUCAGUUUCUUGUGUCUUUGAGGCUUGGGGGCUUGGUCUCUUCUGCAUGCGCAAUUUGGUGUACUGCUAAUGCUGUGGUGUUAAGAUUGCAUUAUCCUUUUAUCAGCUGUCUUUCAGUCUCCACUUAUGAGCUUUUGUCAUAUUAACAAGUGGUGCACGCAUUACAUGCACUCAAGAAAUCAGGUUUCUUUUGAAUAACAUGAAAUCUAUAGAUCUGCUUAUACAGUAAUCAGAUUUCUGUUCUACCCCCGACCUUAUUUUGGAUGCAUGACUCACCUGUUUCAACUGUUGAGCUAAUGCUACUUCCAGAUUUUUUUUUUGUGUGUGUGUGCGUGCGUGUGUGCGUGUGUUUGUGUGUGUGUGCGUGAGCGCGCGUGUGUGUGUGUGAGUGUGUGUCCCAGAGCAACCGGACGGCACAGUUAGAGGAAAAGCAGACACACACACACAGCUGUUCCUUGGAACAUGAAUGCGUCAGGAUAUUAAAAGUAGCCCAGUGUGAGUUUCAGUUUCUCCUUUAAUCAUACCACAAUGCUGUCAUAGUGAUACUUUCACUUUCUGGUGUCCUUUAUCCUUCACACACACGAAUGUGAGGAGCUAAAUCAAACCCUUGUUACUUAGCUGCAUGGAAACGCACUGAUUGAAUCAAAUGACUCUUGAAUUUGUAUACAGUGGGUUUAUUCGAGCAAAAAAAGCUCUGUUAAACCCAUUCAACCAACACUAAAGUGACUUAAUAGUGAUGAAAUGUUAACUUUUUUUUUAACCAUUGCAAAGUUCCACAUCCAGAACCAAAACACCAAAACACUAGAGACUAUUGAAAGCCAAAGGGAACUGCACUACACAUUUUAAAAAAAUGUCAGUAAAUGCCCAAAUACUGCUCAUUAAGUGUACUCAAAUCCACUUCCUUGUGAAGUAAGGAGAAGGUUUUUGUUUUGGCUCUCCUGUAAAGUCAAAUGUUAGAGUUUCUGCUUUGGUACUCGCCUGUGGUAGGAGGCCAGUAGCUGCACUGCAUUUUUAUUACUUUAACUGUCUGAUUGUCGUUGUAAUUGAUUUAAGAAUCGGUACAACUUCACUGUCAUCAGCCAUCGGUGCCUUGUUUCUAAUCUUUUUAUAUUUUUUUCAGUCAAAGCUUCAAAGACUGAAUUUUAAGGCAAAACUUGAUUGCUCAGGUACAUUUUGUUUGAACACAUUAUUCCAGACACAGAGAAUAAUUACUUGAGGGUGCUUUUUUAUGCAGUUGGGCAUAAUGUUGACAGUGAGGUUUUUUAUUGUUAUUAAUUUGAUGCAUAUAUUAUGCUCAUGUUCAUGUUCUGUAUUUUUAUUUUUUUUAAAAGCUUUAUGUAUGCACUGAUAAGGCUCUGAAAUGUUGAAUUAUUUUUGCACUGAUCAUGCCAUUUCUGGUACAUGCUUCCAUCUGAUGAGACAAUCAGUUGCUUUUGUGGAAUUACCUGAAUAUGAGACAUUAAAACAAAAACACAUGUUAGACUGACAGCUUGCUGU